AUGAAUUGUGUUUUAUGUACAGUUUCAGGUGGAAGUAAAGCUGAAGGAUCCAAGCCAUUGCAUGACCGGACCGUAAGGGUUGUUCUACUGGGAAAGACAGGAGCAGGAAAGAGUGCCUCUGGAAACACUAUUCUUGGCAGGAACUUUUUUCCAUCUGAUGUUAGUUCAGUUUCCCAAACAGAGUGUGCAAUCCAAAGUGUUUCAAGGGAUGGUAAAGAUGUUGUUGUAGUUGAUACACCUGGAGUGUUUGAUACUAGAACUUCCCAAGAGAAUAUUAUUAAAGAGAUUUUGAAAUGCAUUACCUACUCAGCUCCUGGGCCCCAUGCAUUCCUCUUAGUAAUACGAUUGGGGCGGUUCACAACAGAAGACAGAACUGCAGUUGAUCAAUUAAGAGAAUUAUUUGGAAAUGAUGCCACAAAUUUCCUCAUGCUCCUCUUUACACACAAAGACUUUUUAGACAAUCAAUCAGUUGAGGAAUACACGUGUGCCGAUUCAGCUCUUCAAAAGUUAGCUGAGGAAUGUGGCAAUAGAUACUUCUGCAUAGAUAAUAAGAAGUCUUCAGAUUACUCUCAAUUCACCUCUCUGAUGGAAAAAAUACAAGAGAUGGUGUCAGGAAAUGGGGGUAAUUUUUUCACAAAUGAAAUGCUUCAAGAAGUUGAAGAGGCUAUCCAGGAGUUACAAGAGGAGAAUCUGGAGAAAAAGGUAGAGAUGUUUAAAAAACAACACCAAAAUGUUGGGGAGACAGUGGCAGCAGAUCUACAGGAAACUCAUAGAGGAAUCAAGAAAUUAAGCACAAGAGACCCUGAUCUCUGA